AGGGUCCGUCCGGCUUUGUUCUGCAUUCCCGUCGUAACUUAAAGGGAAACAUUAACAAUGCCCGGAGCCCUUGAUGUCCUGCAAAUGAAGGAGGAGGAUGUCCUCAAAUUCCUUGCAGCAGGAACCCACUUAGGUGGCACCAACCUUGGCUCCCAAAUGGGUCAGUACAUCUACAAAAGGAAAAGUGAUGGCAUCUACAUCAUAAAUCUGAAGAGGACCUGGGAGAAGCUUCUGUUGGCAGCUCAUGCCACUGUUGCCAUUGAAAACCCAGCUGAUGUCAGUGUCGUAUCCUCCAGGAAUACUGGCCAGCGAGCUGGGCUGAAGUUUGCUGCUGCCACUGGAGCCACUCCUACUGCUGGCCGCUUCACUCCUGGAACCUUCACUGACCAGAUCCAGGAAGCCUUGGUGGUUACUGAUCCCAGGGCUGACCACCAGCCUCUCCCAGAGGCCUCUCAGGUUAACCUGCCUACCAUUGCUCUGUGUAACACAGACUCUCCUCUGUGGUAUGUGGACAUUGCCAUCCCGUGCAACAACAAGGGAGCUCACUCAGUGGGUCUGAUGUGGUGGAUGCUUGCCCGGGAGGUUCUGCGCAUGCGUGGCACCAUCUCCCGUGAACACCCAUGGGAGGUCAUGCCUGAUCUCUGCUUCUACAGAGAUCCUGAAGAGAUUGAAAAGGAAGAGCAGGCGGCAGCUGAGAAGGCUGUGACCACGGAGGAAUUUCAGGGUGAAUGGACCGCUCCAGCUCCUGAGUUCACUGCUGCUCAGCCUGAGGUGGCGGACUGGUCCAAAGGUGUGCAGGUGCAACGGAUGUUCACUAAACUCAUUCUGGUAAUAAUUUCAUAA